CAUCCCGUUUAAGGAAACCAACGCAACUAAAAUCGAGUCUUAUUCGCGUCUCUGCUCCGGGUUCCGAACUCUCGUGUGCGACUUGGGCACUCGGGGAGUGCCGUUAAAGUGAGCUGGGGGAGCAGAGAGCACAAAGCGCGACUUCUGGGAGUUAAAAAACGGGCCUUACCGUCUCCGAAGAUCCGCGACUGCCUUGUGACAGCAACAACACAACACGGAAACGCUGUGCGCGAACACUUGACUGCGCAUGCGCUGCGGCGCGAGCGCGUUGACAACACACUGGGUUAAUCCGAAGUCCGAACAACCCCAAAAAAACACACAACUGGAUAUAUCUGUUUUAUCUAAAAAUAGUAUUUUUUACGCACAAAUCACUCUAAUUUAAAAUAUAAUCAUCAUAAAUACAACAUUAACAACCAGAUUGUGUAUUCUUUGUGGUAAUGUGUUUACCGUUUCCUUAUAGGGGACAGUUGUUGGUCCAAACUGGGAGAUGGGAAGAAGAAUAUUCCAUGAUUGUGAUCCAAGCUCCUCCUCCUUUCCUCCUUCCAUCUUUCCCUCCUUUCUUUCUCCACUUGGAGCAUCAGCAGACAAACCAUCCGGAGGAUGUUGUCAUCUCUCUCCUCCUGCUCUGGCCCGCCUCCAUGUGACCAGACAACCAAUUCUGAUUCCCGGCGCAUCGCCAUGGAAACAUACUGGCGGGAGGUUCAAAGCAUCGAAGAAGAACAGGAAGGAGAUGACGAAGAGGAAGAAGAAAGGAAGAGUAUGGAUGAGGUGGAGCUUGAGGAGGCGUGGCUAACAGAGGCGGGGUUAUCAUCGCUGGUGAUGGGUUCGUCAACAGAGGAGGCUCCGCCCCCGGCUGAGGCGCUACUAUCCACGUUGACGAACCAACAGGCCGCAACCGUGAAGACGAGACUGGAUAACUACAAGCACACGCUGAGGGCGAGAAACCGACCAAUCAGAGACGUGCGAGACAUAUUUGGGUCGGACUUUGAGUCGGAAGCCGGCCCCGCUUCGCCGAGUCAAUGCAGCGAGUCGCCGCCUAGCCGCUACCAUACCACAACUAAAACGAUUCGCCGAAACACAACAUCGGUGCGACCCAUGCUUCCCAGUUUUAAUCUACCUGACGACACAUUAUACUCCGCACAUACCUCACCCUCUUCUACGCACACACCGGCUUCAUCGCCCGCCCACUGCCAGACAAGACAAGCCGAUUGGCUGGUACGUGACUGUCCCUACUCGGAAGGCGUCGCUGAGCAUAAAAGAGGCGGGGCACAUUGUUGGGAUUGCCUGCGUUUCCGGGGAGAAGACAGCAAAGACACGCCAUUUGUUUGUCCACCUCUAGGUGUCACUCUAGCAGAUGACCUGUCCCCAGGUGACUUGAAGCGACUGGGCUUCAUUUGCCACAUUGAGCUCUCCACCUUCCUGCAGGCUAUGGGCGUGCAAACCAAACGCACCCGCCCGCCGCGCUGCAAGAGCUGGGACGGCGCCGUCUUUGGCGUUCCUCUCAACACGCUGUUGGAGAACGACAGGAAGAAGUUUCCGGGGGUCAAAGUUCCUGUUGUCUUUCAGAAGUUGUUGAGUGUUUUAGAGCAGAACGGCUUGCAGACCGAAGGUAUUCUCAGGGUACCAGGAUCGGCUGCUCGACUCAAGUACCUGCGCAGGGAGCUAGACAGGUGUCCAGAUGGGUUCGAUUGGUCCAAAGUGAGACAAGUGGACGCUGCGGGUCUGCUCAAGCUUUUCAUACGAGAGUUGCCGACUCCUUUGCUGACUCAUGCACAUCUGGCAACCUUCCAGGCUGUACUGGGUGUGUCAUCGGUGGUCCACCAGGUUCAAGCGUUGCAGAUGUUGUCGUUGUUGCUUCCUGAGUCCAACAGAGAAACUCUGAGAGCUCUGCUGGUGUUCCUCAGUAAGGUUGUGUCCCAUCAGGACCAGAAUAGGAUGACUCUGUGGAAUGUCUCCAUGGUCAUGGCGCCCAAUCUCUUUGCCCGCCAUCAGCGUGGCAACAAGCGUUCUUUGGCCAAGCAGCAAGAGGACAUGGAGGAGGCGGUGGGCGGGGCUCACCUGGUUCACCUGAUGGUCGCGAACCAGGACGUCUUGUGGACGGUGCCCAACUUCCUGUUGUCGCAGCUGAGACAAAUGAACCAAGCGUCCAAUCACAAAAUGGCGUUGUCCCGUCCGGGACGUCUGCUCAGGAGUCGAAACGACAAAAACAAGAAGCAGGUCACGGAGCUGUGCGUCGGCCUCAUUAAGGUUCACGCCCCCCUUCACACCAAAGUUUCCAUGGCGAUACAGCUUGACAGACAAAUGACAGCCAGAGAUGUCACCGCUCAUUUCAAAUGUGACAACAGUCGCAUUCAGCGUCUCUACGAAGUCGGAGGAAACAUCGGCGAACGUCGUCUCCACCCAGAUUGUCUUCUCUUGGAUGUUUACCAGGUGAACCCUCGCUGCGAUUGGCUCAUCAAACCAUGACCACGCCCACUUUAGAUCCUCAUCCAAUCAGAUGAUCAUGUGAUGGUUCUUGCUGCUACAACUGAUGCACUUGUCUUCACCUGAAUGCAUGCAUGCUAAUGCGGUUUACAGACCACCAAUGCACUUUACAAAGGUGGCACAUUUAAAGCACUUUCAGUCUCUCUGAGAACCGACCCCCCCCUUUUUUUUUCUUUAAAUGUUUCUCAGAUAUAAUCAAUACAAUUAUUGUAAAUUUCUGCUCAUUAAACUGAACAGAAGUGUUUUAUUUCAAAUAGAAUUGAGCCACCUUAUGUACAAAGC